AUGGAGGUAGAUGACUUCGAGACUGCGACGGCAGCAUUUCUUGCUUGGCUCUCAAGAUUGGGCAUUCAAAUCAGUCCCAAGAUUGCUAUAGCUGACCUAAGAUCAUCCGGCAAGAAUCGCGGCGCUGUCGCAGUUGCAGACAUUGAAGAGGACGAAAUCCUUUUCACUAUUCCCCGCUCCUCAGUCUUCAAUACGAACACAGCUCUCAAUGAUUCGCAACUCUCGUUCCUACGUGACGCUGUAGCUGAGAUGCCAAGUUGGCUGGCUUUGACAUCUGCUAUGCUUGUUGAAGCGGCACGAAAGGAGUCGAAAUGGGCGCCGUAUUUUGCUAUCCUACCGCAACAUCUCGACAGUCUCGUCUUCUGGAAAGAUACCGAGCUUUCUGAGCUCCAAGCCAGUAUGGUCGCAAAGAAGAUUGGAAAAGCUACAGCUGAGGAGAUGUUCAAGCAUCAUAUCGCGCCGUUAGGCAUUGAGAACGCCAGUCCGACAAUGUGCCACAAAGUAGCGUCUGUGAUUAUGGCAUACGCCUUCGACAUACCCGAGAUUGCAGACAAGGAGGAUAACGAAGAUCAAGACGAGGAUGCUGAAGAGCUGGUAUCCGACGAUGGAAACGGCGAGAAGACCAUACUCUCAAUAGUGCCGCUGGCUGAUAUUCUCAAUGCCGAUGCAGACAGAAACAACGCUCGUCUCUGCUGCGACAAUGAAGACCUUGAGAUGAGAGCUAUUCGGCAUAUAUCUGACGGAGACGAAAUCUUCAACGACUAUGGUCAACUGCCAAGGUCUGAUUUGUUGAGAAGAUAUGGAUAUUUGACGGACAAUUAUGCCGUCUACGACGUGGCUGAGCUAUCAACGCACGCCAUACUAUCUCAAUUUCGUGCAAGAGAAGCACUGCAUUUUCCAGGCCACCAAGCAUUAGAGCCGUUGCCACUUCCCGAUCUCAAUAAGAGGAUCGAGCUUGCCCAGAGGGAAGCUAUCUAUGAAGAUGCCUAUGAUCUCUCACACCCUGAUUCAGAUGGACCUAGCAUCCCGGAUGAGCUCCUGGCUUUGCUGUACAUUCUCCUUCUGGAUAAUGAAAAUCUUGCUGCAAUCAAGGCUUCAGAAAUUGCCUUGCCAAGUCGGUCGAAGCUUUCAACCGGACUUGUAGGCCAGGUCUUGAUAAAGCUCCUGGAGCUCAGGGAAAGAGAAUACGCCACUACACUUGAAGAGGACGAACUGAUCCUUCAGAGCAAGAAUCUGCCUCAUCGAAAGGCCAUGGCUGUUCAAGUUCGACAUGGCGAAAAGCAAGUGUUGAGAAAAGCUAUUCAGGAAGCAGCCACAUUCACAGCAAGUGAUAAGAGAAUGAGGGGGCAAAAAAGGGAGAAUGAAGUCGUGGCUAGCGGAACGAAGAGGAGACAACAUCAGACGGACGGUGACAACAAGAAGGCCAGAAAGCGAUGA